GCCGCCGCGCCCGACCGCGGCGCGCUGGCGGCCGAGCGGGGCCGGCUAACGAGUCUUCAACAGGAACAAGAGAUUUUGCAAGAAAAAUUACGAGUAUUGGACGCUGAACUAACAACCCUUAGAUCUGAAUACGAUAAGAUCAACGAGGUAAAGAAAAGUUUCGACAUCAAUAUCAACAAGGUUAAAGAAUUGUCAGCGUUAAUAAGGAACAAAGAAAGUAACAUACAAUCAAUGAUUGACCAGCCGUCGGCAGAAAACGAAAAGGCGUUGUGUGAUAGAAAAAAAAUAGACGCUGUGCUAAAUCAAUGUAAAUUGCACAAAAAAUUGUGUCAAUCAUUCAAAGAAUUGCAGGAGUAUAUAGUGAAGAGACAAAUUGUUACGAUAAAAUUGACUAAAUACAACGAAAAAGAACACGAAUUCUACACCAAGCUAAGAAAGUCUCAGAAUGAUGUUAAGGAACACAAGGAAAUAUUAAAUAAAGUUGAAAAGAGUAUAAGGGAAAAGACGAUGCAGGCGAAUGAAAAAAAAGUUACAUUAAAACAGAAGUGUCACAAUAAACUUCCGAACGAGAAAGAUUUUCCAUAUAGAAAGGAUUUUGAUAAAUUGCCGAAUGAUUUAGAAGAUUUACAAGAUCAUCGCUACCAACUUGAAACAAGAAUGGAUUUAAUUAGCUCUAAUGCGCAGGAAAUCGAACACUAUGAAAAGAAUUUGCAAGAAAUUUCCGAAUUGGAACAAGAGCUAUCUCGAAAUCGGGACAGCGUAGCCGAUUUGGAAGAAUCAUCGGACAGAUUGAAGUAA